AACACGCCCCAAGACCGUGAACCAUUAGCGCGUCAUUCAGCCUCGAGUUUGUCAUCCAUCCAUCUGUCCAGUGGUGACUCGCCUCGGCCUUCUCUCCCCCUCCUCUGCCCCUGACCGCCUUGACAUACCCCACCGGUCCCUGACGUUCUUCUAGAACUUUGAACUACCUAACAGCAGAACUCAGAUAACCCUCGUUUCAGGAUCACUGCCCACUCUCGCCUUCACCAGACGAUACGACGACGACGUCCGGUAUUGCUUUUCUAGCGGACCGCAUCCUGUCAUCUCUGAUUUGCCGAUCUGGGACCCGACCACCACUAGCAACCCACACCACACACGUUCACUUCGCAGUCCCAGGCACCAGACGACGACCUGACUUUCCACAAACAACAACAACAACAACUACAACAACCAAAACUACCGUCGACAACUCUUGAAGAAACGUAGCCACACAGACGCUCGCUUCUGCCGAUAUCGCCGCCCUCGCCGCCGCUUUUUUUUUUUUUUUUUUUUUUUAACUUUUUCAACACCCGCAUCUGCUUUUCCUUCCAUGAACUUGCGCUUCCCGGGAGCGCGGGAAGCGGACUGCCAUCAUGUCGAACGCAAAUAGCAUCAAGGUCGUGGCUCGGUUUCGCCCGCAAAAUCGGGUAGAAAUCGAGUCUGGCGGUCAGCCCAUUGUCACCUUUCAAGGCCCAGACACCUGCACUGUCGAUUCCAAGGAAGCGCAGGGCUCCUUCACGUUUGACCGUGUCUUUGAUAUGUCAUGCAAGCAAUCAGACAUUUUCGACUUUUCCAUCAAGCCCACCGUCGACGAUAUCCUCAACGGUUACAAUGGUACCGUCUUCGCCUAUGGUCAGACCGGUGCCGGUAAAUCGUACACCAUGAUGGGUACCAACAUCGACGACGAAAGUGGAAAGGGUGUGAUUCCAAGAAUCAUCGAGCAGAUUUUCUCCCAGAUCAUGUCGAGCCCGGCCAAUAUCGAGUAUACAGUGCGCGUCAGCUACAUGGAGAUCUACAUGGAGCGCAUCCGCGAUCUGUUGCAGCCACAAAACGACAACCUACCAGUCCACGAGGAGAAGAGCAGGGGUGUCUACGUCAAGGGGCUGCUGGAGAUUUACGUAUCGAGUGUGCAGGAAGUCUUCGAAGUGAUGAGGAGAGGCGGCAACGCCAGAGCUGUCGCGGCGACCAACAUGAACCAGGAGUCUUCUCGAUCGCAUUCCAUCUUCGUCGUCACCAUCACCCAAAAGAAUGUCGAAACCGGCUCGGCCAAGAGUGGUCAGCUCUUCUUGGUCGAUUUGGCCGGUAGUGAAAAGGUUGGCAAGACGGGCGCCAGCGGACAAACGCUGGAGGAAGCCAAAAAGAUCAACAAGAGUUUGAGUGCCCUCGGCAUGGUCAUCAACGCCCUGACGGACGGCAAAUCAUCACACGUUCCCUACAGAGACUCAAAACUCACCCGUAUUCUACAGGAAUCUCUGGGUGGUAACAGUCGGACGACCCUCAUUAUCAACUGCUCCCCUUCCAGUUACAACGAUGCCGAGACACUCAGCACGCUCCGUUUCGGCAUGCGCGCCAAAUCCAUCAAAAACAAGGCCAAGGUCAACGCCGAGCUCAGCCCUGCCGAACUCAAGCAAAUGGUGGCCAAGGCCAAGAACCAAAUCACAACCUUUGAGAAUUACAUUGCCGACCUGCAGAGCGAAGUUCAGUUAUGGCGUGCCGGCGACGCCGUGCCAAAGGAGAGGUGGGUCCCACCCCUUUUGGAAGACAGAGUAUCAGGCACAAAGGCAGACUCAAGGCCGGCCCGGCCCGCAACGCCUUCCCGAUUACUGGAGCGUACCGGCGCUGAAACGCCUUCUGCUGCCGAGAGAUCUGGGACACCAAGCCUCCCUCUGGACAAGGAUGAACGAGAAGAGUUCUUGCGCCGGGAGAAUGAGCUCCAGGACCAGCUUGCCGAAAAGGAGACACAUGCUGCCGCCAUUGGGAGACAACUCCGUGAGACAAAGGAGGAGCUUGCCAUCAUCAAGGAGCACGAUGGAAAGCUCGGAAAGGAAAACGAAAGGUUGAUCAGCGAGUCUAACGAGUUCAAGAUGCAGCUGGAAAGGUUAGCAUUCGAGAACAAGGAGGCUCAGAUCACCAUGGACGGGCUCAAGGAUGCCAACUCGGAGCUUACCGCCGAGCUGGACGAGCUCAAGCAGCAGAUGCUUGACAUGAAGAUGAGCGCCAAAGAGACCAGUGCCGUCCUGGAUGAGAAGGAGAAGAAGAAGGCGGAGAAGAUGGCCAAGAUGCUUGCCGGCUUCGAUCUCAGCGGGGAUGUGUUUAGCGACAACGAGCGAUCCGUCGCCGAUGCAAUCGCGCAACUAGACGCCCUCUUCGAGAUUGCCUCGAGUGGCGACCCUGUCCCCCCUGACGACCUCAAGGCCCUCAGGGAGAAGCUCUUGGAGGUGCAGGGUUUCGUACGACAGGCCGAGCUGUCUAGCUUCAGUGCUGCCUCCACCGAGGCCGAAGUGCAAAAGAGACAGGAGCUGGAGGCCAAGCUGACUGCUCUCCAACAAGAGCACGAGGACAUCCUGUCCAGGAACCUGGAUGAGGCCGACAAGGAGGAGGUUAAGGCCCUUCUCGCCAAGACGCUGUCCGACAAGUCCAGCACACAAGCCGAGCUCGUCGAGGGUCUCCGGACCGACCUCAACGUCCGCGUGGCAGAGAACGAGAAGCUCAAGGCUCUCGUUGAUGACCUCCAACGCCGGGUCAAGUCCAACGGGGCGGUGCCCAUGGCCAACGGCAAGACGGUGCAGCAGCAGCUGGCUGAGUUUGACGUGAUGAAGAAGAGUCUCAUGCGCGACCUCCAGAACCGGUGCGAGCGCGUGGUGGAGCUCGAAAUCUCCUUGGAUGAGACUCGCGAGCAGUACAACAAUGUGCUCCGGAGCAGCAACAACCGGGCACAGCAGAAGAAGAUGGCGUUUCUGGAGCGCAACCUGGAGCAGCUCACGCAGGUGCAGAGGCAGCUGGUGGAGCAGAACUCGGCGCUGAAGAAGGAGGUGGCGAUUGCGGAGCGCAAGCUGAUUGCGCGCAACGAGAGGAUCCAGAGCUUGGAGAGCUUGCUGCAGGAGAGCCAGGAGAAGAUGGCGCAGGCGAACCACAAAUUCGAGGUGCAGCUCGCCGCCGUCAAAGACCGGCUCGAGGCGGCGAAGGCCGGAAGCACAAGGGGGCUGGGUUCGCCGACUGGCCUCGGUGGCUUCAACAUUGGCAGCCGAAUCGCCAAGCCGCUUCGUGGCGGAGGUGACAACAAUACUACGACGACUGUUUCUAGUAAUCCUACGAUUGCCAGCUUGCAGCAGCAGAAUGCUCCGGUUGAGAAUAAGAGGUCGAGCUGGUUUUUUAACAAGUCGUAG